GCGCUCCACUCAAAUUAUUACCUGUAAAUUGGUUUUCUGUCUGGUAUUACUAGCCUGGUAAAGAAAGCGUAUGAGCAAUAAUACACACGAAAAGUUUCUGUCACUUUCUUUUCGUUUAGUUUCCAUCUGUGAACUAGAUUAGGUCUGCGUAAACAUCUGUUGUGUAAACGGUUGUUUUGAUCUCGGGUUAAAUAGUGUGAUAAUUUGCGUACACUAAUCCUGUCUUUAAGUAAAAUAAUAUGUGAUGUGUUCAUAGGUAAAUAUUUCCAGCCUUCCCAUUUUAAUGUGUCAGAACAUGUUUUUCUCCUAAGGAAAUAUCUAAAUCAAAGAGAUGUCGUCGUUUAAUGUAUAGUGUAUGGGGAUUCUAGUGUAUAGAACUCUUCUUUUAUCUACGUAGGUAAAUUUUGCCCUAAUGCUAAUAGUUUCUGCCGAAGAAUAUAGUCAAUACUUAUUCUGUUGAUCAGUAGGAUACAAAUUUUCAUAGUUUCUUAUUUUCGUUCAGGUAUUCAAUUAGAAUAGUUGUGUUUAUUGUAAAAACAGUAAAAAACACAUCUGCUAUGCAUACAUGUGGUAGCUAGCCUUAGCAACGUAGUAAACAUCGGCUGAAGUUAACGUUAUUCUGUAGCUUUGGUUUACCUACUGAGAGCUCUCAGCGAUGAGUAGUUAGAUCCGGUAUCGAGAAAGUCCUCUUUUCCCCAGAUUUAAUGGACCUUAUUCCCGUCUUUUAUUUCAAGUGCGCGAUUCAGCAUGGUCUUUGUGUAUAGAAAAUACUGAAUCCAUUCCUAAGUACCAAACAAAUUUUCCUCAAACUCAUGAAGUCGUUCCUAGUCGGUCGUACAUAAAACAGAACCCCGUAUAAUUAUGUAUCUACUGUAAUUUCUUGAAUUAGGGAGUUUGCAUGCCUCUGCACACUUCAACCUUACAAUAAUAAGACAGAUUUAAACGCCACUCCACUACCCUUGGCACAGAGAACUGAUGCCUUUAAUCUUUACAUUGGAAGCGUAUCUAGUAACUGCAUGUAUCUGUUUACGUGUGUAUUUUUUUGAUGAAAACAGAAGCUGUACCAUACUCUAGUCAUAGAUAAGUUGUAUAUGAUUGGUCUUCUGACUCGAAAAUUAUGACUUCUUUCGGAAAAUAUGUUAGUAAUUUUGUCAAAACAGCUGUUUCGUCUAUUUCUCCUAAUAAAGUAACACCUUACACUUUAAGCCAAUACGAAUCUGAAUAUGAAAAUUGUGAACAAUUACUACAACAAAAGUCAAUUUAUUAUUUCUACAAAGUGGCAAAUCAUUUUGAUAUGGUUUACUUACCUGGAUCAGUUGGCAUUCCAGUCAAUGGAGAGACUGUUUAUGCUUACAGUUUAUUUAGAUUUCAAGGCGAACAAGAAGCAGGCGUCGCUGUAUUUUUAAGAUACAUAGAAGUUUUGGAUCCUCUGCAUUUAGCCUGUAUGAACAUGAGCUUAUCCAUUGAUCGCACAUAUUUGGAGAAAAUAACUGCACACUGUCGAAACCAAUGUGGCUGGUCAGCUGCUCAUGUAGCUGCAGCAAUGUCUUGGCGUGAGGUUUUCUUAAGCGAGUCAGUAAACGGUCUUUUAAAUGAAUAUGAUCCUCUUUCUGGUCUAACUCCACUACGAGUCGCAAUCAAAGAGAAUGAUGAAGAGACAGUUCAGUCUUUAGUAACUAUGGAUAAUAUCAAGGCAACUGAAAAAGAUGAGGAUGGUAAUACUGUUCUCCAUUUGGUUUUGGGAGAUACUUCGGCGAAAAUUUUAUCUCUUCUUCUUGAUAAUCUUCAAAGCUUAGACGUGAAUGCUUUGAAUAACAAAGGUGAAUCUCCUUUACAUAUUGCCUGUCGUAAUAAUUCUAUGGAAUGCAUUGAAAAACUGCUUAAAGCUGGUGGUAAUCCUAUGAUUGGUGAAUUUGAAUCAUUUCCUAUUCAUAUUGCUGUCAAUAAUGAUUCACUUGAAUGUGUUAAUCUACUUUACACCUAUUGUCCUAAUUGUAUCAAUCUACCAGAUUUAAUAAAUCACAAUACUCCAAUUCAUUUGGUGCAUAAUCCGAAAAUCUUUGAAAGACUGUGUGAACUUGGAGCUAAUUUAGAUGCACGCAAUGAUUUAGGAUUGACUAUUUUACAUAUGAAAGUACGCGAUAAUAAUUUCGAAGAUGUUUUGGCCUUAUUAGUUCGUGGUGCUGAUCCAAAUUUACGUAAUGCUAGUGGAGCAACUCCUUUACAUUAUGCCAUGACUUAUAAUGCAUCGAUUCAUAUUAUUCGUGCAUUAUUGGCAUUUGAAGCGGAUCCUUAUGCUCUAAACAGUAAUCAGCACAGUUGUCGACAUUUAUUAUGUUGUAAUGCUGAGAGUUAUGUACCUUCACCUGAUCGAGACUUAGCCCUGUACACUUUGGAUGCAUUAGGUAUCAGUCGAUGUCCUCCUGGGACUGUGGAUUGUACAGAAGGUUGUAUGGACCUAGAAUGUGCUGAAAAACGUAAUCUAUCUGUAUUUAAUGGUACACCUCCAGAAGUAGUUCCUCAUUUAGCAGAUAUCACACGUGAAUCAAUUGAAGAAAUUCUCUUAUGCACUACUUCAGUUGAUUAUAACCCUUCACUUCAAACAAGUCAAAUGACUCAAUCUCAAACAAUGUUGAAUAAUGACUUAUCAAAUGGUAUGAUUCCACGUUCAUACAAUUCUCAUUCAGAAAACCAUGAUGUAAAUCAGAGUAAUAUUAAACAGCGACAUUCACAACAAUUUUCACAUACUCCAAAGUCGCAUCGACGAAUGGUAUCUUUACCAAAUGAUAAUAGUGUACAGUUAGUCAGUCAAUCCCUGUCUAACGGUAGUGUACACCUGGCAUCUUUUAGUGUUCCCUCUGACUCAGAAACUGAACUCACAUCGAAUUCACAUUCAACUGAACAAUUGGGUCAUACUAAAUUUACUAAUGUAACAAAUAAUUCACAACAAUCCUCUGACAAUACAAAUCCCAGGAAAGUACAUUUACCAGUAGAGGCAACAUGUAAUUUCAGGCCUACAAAAUGUAAUUGUGAUCCUUCAGUGUUCACUAAACGUAAUGGAAUACCUAUGGAUUCAGGCACACCAUCAAUAAUAACAACAACAAAUUGUGCUACUGCUAGUACCUUUGACACUGUUCCUACAAACACUGAUAUUGCUGAUAUAUCUAGAAAUAAGGGGGAUGAUUUGGACAAAUUCGCCAAUCAUAAUCAACUAUCUGACUUAAAUACAUAUGAUGAUGAUCAUAAUCAUUGUAAUUUUACCGGUAAUCAACAUGGUCUUAAGAAAUCGAAAAAAUGGAAAGUUGGACCUAAUGGCCUCCGUGUUCUAUCACUUGAUGGUGGUGGUAUGCGUGGAUUAGUUAUCGUACAAUUACUUCGUGCUUUAGAAAUAGCAUCUGGAAAGAAAAUUACAGAAUUAUUUGAUUGGAUCAUUGGUACUUCAACUGGUGCAGCGAUAUCACUAUUUCUAGUAUCUGGCAAAUGUUUACAUUGUUGUCGUACAUUAUUAUUUCGAUUCAAAAAUCUUGUCUUCUGUGGUAAACGACCAUAUCCACCGGAACCAUUAGAAAUGUUAAUGCGUGAUGAAUUCGGUGAUAAUACUGUAAUGACUGAUUUAAAAACAGUCAGAGUUGCUGUAACUACACUUGUCAGUGAUCGAUGUCCACCAAUAUUGCAUAUGUUCAGAAAUUAUAAAUCUCCCCGUACUCGAAUACAACAAAUUUUAGAAACACGUCAAUCUGGAUUAAAGUCUUCUGUGUAUCAACGAACAAACAGAAGAAACAGCGGAUUAACUCAUCGUCAGUCUACUUCCGCCCUUGAGCUUGAUCGUGAAACUCAAUCUACAAAAUCAUCAACACUUUCAACUUCUCAAUCUAUUUUAAAUUUUUUCUCAAAUGCUCAGGGAUUGUUAAUAGGUAGUGAAACAAGUACCAACCUUUCAACAUCUGACACUGAAUUAAAUAAUCCGUUUGAACAAAUGCCUGAAGAUAAUGAACAUCCAAUUUGGAAAGCUGCUAGGGCUUCAAGCGCUGCACCGACAUAUUUUAGACCUUGUGGGCGUUUCUUGGAUGGUGGAUUAAUUUCAAAUAAUCCAACACUAGAUAUUUUAACAGAAAUUCAAGAAUUACAACUUUUACAACGUUUAAAAGUCGAGUUGUUGAUCGUGCUAGUGCAUGGUGUGGUUCACUUGCAGUACCAUUCUUUCGAUUAAAUCCUCCAUUAUCAACUGAUAUUAGUCUUGAUUCUACUGAUAGUAAAGAACUUUUACUAAUGAUUGUUGAAACUCAAACUUAUUUACGUCGAGUUCACGAACGGAUUGAACUGUUAGCUUCAUUGUUGCAAUAGGAUAUAUUCUUAUGUAGAAAUUCACUUGUUUUACAGGUUAUUUUUUGAGAUAUUUAUAUAAUGAUUCGUUGAUUAUGACCAUUAUUAUCAAAUAAUUUACUAUUGUUCAGCAUACAUACUUCCGUCAAAGUUUACGGAAAAAUAAGAUUCCCUGCUAAAAGUUAUUGUUCCAAUUUUUGUUCAUCAAUUCUUGACCUUUGUUUUCUAAUCAUUUACAAAGCUUUCGGAAUUUCUUUUUAUAUCUUUUAUUCAUCGUACAGAAUUGAUUUUAUUUAUACUUUGAGUGAUAACAUUUUAAUAUCUUAUUUUGUGAAACAAUUUACGUGAUAAUCAGUAUGCAUACAUAUAGACAUACUGCUUCAAACUUUUCCCCAUCAGCUUAUCUAUUUUUUUUAAAAAAUUCCGAUUCCGAUUUUCAAUGUCUUAAGAUCAUCAAUUGAUACAUUCG